GACCAGCAGCAUCUGCAAGAUCCACAAUGGCUAGGCUCUGUGCUUUCUUGAUGGUCCUGGUGGUGAUGAGCUACUGGUCAACCUGCUCUCUAGGAUGUGGCCUGCUUCAACGACAAAACCUCAGGAACAAGAGAGCCUUAACAUUCCUGACUCAAAUACGGAGACUCUCCCCUGUCUCUUGCCUGAAAGACAGAAAGGACUUUGGAUUCCCCUUGGAGAAGGUGGUUACCCAGGAGAUCCAGAAGAUUCAAGCCAUCUCUAUUCUGCAUGAGCUGACCCAGCAGGUCCUGAAUAUUUUUACAUCAAUGGACUCAUCUGCUUCUUGGGAUGCAACCCUCCUAGACUCAUUCUGCAAUAACCUCCACCAACAGCUCAGUGACUUCAAAGCCUGUUUGAUGCAGCAGGGUGGGGUGCAGGAACCUCCCUUGACCCAGGAAGACUCCCUGUUGCCUGUGCGGGAAUACUUCCACAGGAUCAUUGUCUACCUGAGAGAGAAGAAACACAGCCCCUGUGCCUGGGAGGUGGUCAGAGCAGAAGUCUGGAGAGCGCUGUCUUCCUCAGUCAAAUUGCUGGCAAGUCAAGUUAAGGAAGAGUGAGUCCUGAGCCAAAAUGGAGAAGACUAUCAGAGACUAUGACACUGCACCUUGCAGCUCAAAUUAUGGCAUCUCAAAAGUAUCAGUAAUUUUUGUAAGAAUUGAAGAAAGUUUUGUAGAUGUUUCAGCAAUAAUGUGCAUUACUGUGUCUAUUUGCAAAGC